AUGCGCGGCGCGGCGGCGCGCGCGGGGCGCGUCCCUAAUUCCCCGCUCCCCUCUGCUCCUGCGCCUCCGCCGCCCCCGCCACCCCCGCCGCCCAGGGCUGGGCUCCUCGGCGGCCGCCUGGAGGCGCGCGCUAACUACUGUGUGCUCUCGCCGCUCAUCAGCGCGGGCUCGCCCCGAAUAACGAGCAAGCCGGCGGCUGCUUAUUGUUCCGCCGCUCACUCAGGGAUCGCUCCGCCCACACGAAAUAAUUGCAACAAACUCGUUACACCGUCCGCCGCCGCUACCGCCGUCUGCUGCCGCUGGCGCGUGUCUCCAGGCCGGCGACCUCUGCUCUGCUGUUUCCCGGACAGAUUUUGA